AUGACAGACAUUUUAAACGUCAAAGACGAGCCGAUCUUUGACGAUCGCAUCGUCAAGAUCGAGACUCAUACGUACAAUCCGUUCGCCAAUACAACGUUCGAACACAGCGACGAGAUAAGAAUACCUAUACAACAGCAAGAUUUAUACACGUUGCCAUCUCAAAGUUUUCUAUACGUUGAGGGAAAACUUACGAUAAAAAAACCAGUUGCGGGGUCUGAUGUGAUUUUGGGAAAUAAUUGCAUCGCUUUCAUGUUCGAUGAGAUUCGAUACGAGCUCGACGGUGUAGAGAUUGAUCGCAACAGGAACGUCGGAAUAACCAGCUCGCUCAAGAACUAUGUAACUAUGUCAUCCGAUAGAAUUAUGAUUGCGAGUAACGCUGGCUGGGAUCCGUGGAAUCCUACGAACGGAUACUUUAAUUUUUGCGUACCGCUCAACAUGCUACUGGGAUUUUGUAAGAUUACAGACGCGUGGUGA